UAUCCCAGGUACUGCGCUUGCGCCGCAAGUUGCUGCCGCAGACAGCAGCAGCAGUGAUUCGGCAGCGCAGGGCAUCGGGAGGAAAUCUGUCCGUUUUAAACCAUGGCGACAUAUUAAACGAUGCCUUUCGCAGAGGUAAACGGAGAUAUGAGGAGAGGCGUGUGUCCCAUGUUGCAUUAAUGUCUGUGUGAAAUGCUGGCCUGUCUGCCAGGCCCAGGUGACCUCCCCCUCCAGCUUCUCCCUCACACGCAGAUGAACACUGGACUUCAGAAAUGGGACAUCACACAAAGGAUGAGAUCCGCUCCAUUUCCAACACCUGCAGAAUUGGAUGCAUAUGCUAAGAAGGUUGCCAACAACCCGCUCACCAUCAAGAUCUUCCCCAACAGCGUCAAGGUCCCCCAGCGAAACCACGUGCGCCGUACGGUCAACGGGCUGGAUACGUCAGGCCAGCGCUACAGCCCUUACCCUUCCUCUCAGGCCAGUGCCAAGACAGGUCUCCUUGCCAUUGUCAAGGUACCCACAGUCAAAGGCAUCCUAAAAGAUUUUGACGGCAGUCGGGCUCGCUUGCACCCAGAAGUCAUCAUGAACCCUCCUGCCGGACCCUACCAAGUGGCUUCAACCAGCACUUUAAACCACCACCCACCUCUGCCGAACCUUCCCUGUCCCCAGCAAAGCUUACCCCUUCAACCACAGGACCCACCUCAGACUCUACAGAUGCCCCUUUCUCAGCAGCAGGGUCACACCCAGAGCCUCAGACACCCUCCCCCCAUGGCCCAACACCCCCAGGGCCCAUCUAGACUUCAGGCUCUGUCUCAGCAACCAGCCCUUGUACAUCCACAGGGGCCCCCUUCUGUCAUGCUUCAGCAGCAGCCACCGCCUGGCCUGCAGGGGGGUCGAAAGCCACCAGAUAGCGAUGCGCCACCAAAUGUUACCGUCUCUACCUCAACCAUUCCACUCUCCAUGGCCGCCGGGCUGCACCAGGGCUGCCAGGCCGACCUGAGCACCAUUGUGCAUCAGAUCAACCAGUUCUGCCAAGCUCGAGCCCAAGGUGCAGGAGCCACCUCAUUGUGCGAGGGCCAGAUCGCCAACCCCAGCCCCAUCAGUCGCAAUCUACUUAUCAGCGCCUGCUCCAGGGUGUCCAUGCACAGCAACCCUGCCACCCCUGGUUUCCCCCCACCCAACUGCAUUAUUGGCCCUCAAGAGAAAGCCACGGCACCAGUGGGAGUUCACCCUCCAGCCAGUGUGGCUGCUAUAAACCACUUGCCUUCCAACCGCACUGAUCUCAAGCAGCAGCACCACCUGCAGCAGCAUCUGCAUCCACAGCAGAAUCAGCCACAAAAACUGAUGCAACAUAACACACAGCAGCAGCAGAUGCGUCCUUGGAAUCAGCACCAGUUGGCUCAUGUACCCCACAUUCAGAACAGUGGGACCACCCUCUGCAAGCAGCCUUCCAGGGACCCCACCUUCAAUUUUAAAGGUAUAGGAUACCCUGCGGAAGUGUGUGCGGGUCAGCCUUACACACUGAAACCACCUGUAGAAAGGUCCACCCCUUCUCCCCCUGUCAUCAACAACGGCAUGCCCGGUCCCAUGGCUCAUUACACCAAUGGUCACUACUUCCAGUCCCACAUUUGGAACAACAACAUCCUCCCCACACCUAACAGUGACAGCUCCGGGUCUCAGGACGUAACCAUGCCAUUCCACAGUGCAGGUCCAGGCGGGUGCACCACUCUUGACUGUGGGCCCCCCGGGGCUCCCCAUUACCGGCUAGGAACGAGCGCCUCCUCCACCACCUCCCUGUCCGCCCAGACUGCUCUGAUGCAAAUGGCAGAUUACUUGGGUGGGGACUUCCAGACACCCUACUUCCGCGAUCAGAAUCUAGGUUUGAUUGGCAAGAUGCACAGGCCUCCUCUGAGG